AUGCCUCUGCCACGCCGAGCCAUCAUCGCCGUGACAUCCGCCACGGCCCCUCUCCACCAUGGACAACCGACCGGGCUCUUCAUCAGUGAGGCUCUCCACCCCUUCCUGGUCUUCCAGCGGCACGGCUUUGAAGUCGACAUCGUGUCCGAAAAGGGCACCUACGUCCCUGAUUGGUUGAGCCUGCAAGAGAGUUUCCUGAGCGGUGAGGUCAAGAAGGAGUGGGAGGACGUGAACAGUGAGUUUAGGCAAAAGCUGGACCAUAUGCCGAGUGUGGGGACGGUGGAUGGGAAGAAGUAUGGCAUCUUCUUCGCUAGUGCCGGCCAUGCAGCUCUGAUCGACUAUCCUCACGCGAAAGGCCUGCAGAAGAUCGCGACGGAUGUUUGGACGCAGGGUGGCGUUGUCUCGGCUGUUUGUCACGGAGAGGCAAUUUAUGCCGGCAUCACCGACCCGACCACGGGCGAGUCCAUCAUCAAGGGCAAAACCAUCACCGGCUUCACCACUCAGGCAGAGUACGACAUGCACAUCAUGGACCCCAUUCGGAGCUGGGGCGAGCCCUUGAUCGAUGAGUGGGCGGCCAAGCUGGGUGCCAAAUACGUCAGGGCGGAUGGAGUCUGGGACGACUUCCACGUUACUGAUGGGAGGGUGGUGACUGGCAUGAACCCUCAAAGCGCCCAGUCGACGGCAGAGGCAACCGUUGCCGUGUUCGAGAAGCUCUGA